AUGCCUAAAAAAGCAGAGAGAAAUACAAAUCCUGUUAAAUUUACUGUAAUUGGGAAUAGGGUUACAGAGGAAUUCAUUUAUUGUGUGAAAUUAGUAAAAGGUGUUUAUAAAUAUAGAAGAAAAUAUUUUGAUGCUCCUACCAUUCGAGGUGUUAAUGGAGUUGAAUGGCCUCAAGUAUGGGAUGAUUUAAAAGUGAAAUAUGGUGGACUAGCGUAUUGCUUAUCCAAUCAGGUUGCAGUUCUUAUCAACGAUCAAUUUCUGGGCGGAAAAAAGGAACUAAAAGAAAUGAUUGAAUCAAAGUAUACAUAUCAUAUAUGCCCUGAUUACUACAAUGAAGCCAUUGCAGAGUUUUUGGAGUACAUCGACACUUCUUGUUUGUAUUCUGAUAUAUUACCACGAACAUGCGAGAACUUCAUGCGUCUGUGUAAAGAAAGAAGAGGCGGAUAUGCCGGAACACCUGUUCACCGUAUAGUCAAGGAUUGUUGGAUCCAAUGCGGAGGGUUUGGAUUAAAGGACACUCAAUUAGAUUGUGAAAAUUUUAUAGUACCUCAUGAUCGACGCGGAGAACUAUGUAUGGCAAAUGAUGGCAGACAUAAAGACUGUUCCACUCAAUUCUUCGUAUUACUGCAACCAGCGCCAUGGAUGGAAAAGAAGUAUGUAGCAUUCGGCCAACUUAUCGACGGAGAACAAACGUUACAAACAAUUGAGAAUGUUCCAACCUGGUAUGAGUCGCCAACAUGCGAAAUUAUUAUUUAUAAAGCUGGUAUUUUAAACCCGGAUUGCCAAGAGAUAGUUAUAUGUAAAGGGAUCCAUGAAUAUAUUCAAGGACAUAUUGAAAAUCUUUCCGAACUGGGAGAUGUAUUGUAUUCGGAUCUAUUUAAAAAAGUAUUUUCGGAGCUAGAAGCGAAGCAAACUGUGAAAAAACAAACACGUCUUCAGCAGGAAGAUGAGGAAAAAGAAAAUGCUAAUGGAGACUUGAAUAAUAUAAGAGCAACACAAAGAUUUAUACGAAGGAAAGAAGAUAUAGAAAAACAAAUAGAAGAAAGUGAUACAGACAAUCAACAACAUUCAUCAACUAUAAGCGAGCAGGAGAACGAAGAGUUCGAUGUAGAAUUAUAUGAAUCGGAAAACGAAUAUGAAGCAGAAGUAUCUUUGGAUGCACCUCCAAGUUUACACUCGAAAGUAAAACCAGAAAUACCAUUUUACAUUCCAUUGACAGACGUGCCUUACCCUGGGGAGAUUGAUUCCACUCAUGAUUUAAAAAAGUGUAAUGUAGAUCGUGUUAGUUUUGCCGGAGAUAUAGUAAAAAACAUUGCUAAACGUGUUGGCAAAUUCAAUAUUUUUGAAGGCGCCAGAAAAUCUGAAUUAAUCACCGACGAAGAGUUGCGAAGAAUAAGAGUCGCAUCAACUGAUUAUCGGACCAGAGAUGAACAAGAAAAGAAAGUGCGAAUAGCUCCGACAGCUUUGACUGCAAAGACUGAACCCAGUCGCAUUAGGCGCCGGCCUACUGGCUACGUGCAUGUCAGCGCGGACUCCGACACCGACGCGCGACGUCGCUCCGUUCUCGCACGUCUCUACGACGAUGUCACGAUCAAAGAUGAACCUGGGCCCAUUUUAAAAGAUUAUAAACCGAUGUCUGAAAUGAGGCAAAAGAACAUGUUCCUAACAUUUUCAACUAAUUUUGGACCUAGAAGCGAUGAAAGCACACGAGAAAAACUCAAUCGACCAUCCUUAAAAAUUGAAAAACCGUCCUUUGAUCAGGUUAUGAAUAUCCAACAUGGCAAAAAACUAGAGCGCAAAGUAUCUUCCGAUUAUGUUAAAACUAUAGACCAAAUUGAACAGCAGUUCGAGCAGUUCGAAAAUUCUAUUCGUAGUAUAGAAUUCGCAAAAAAAAGACCGGCGAUGUCCGUAUCGCAAUAUCAUAAGAAAAAUCAAAUGCACCAAGAAAACAUGGAAGAAACUUAG